GGUGAUAUAAAUUUUAAAUAACAAAGCACAAAAUGGCGCUCAACUAUCCAUGACGGGAAUGCCAUAACACAGAGCGACGUGGAACGAGAGGCUUUGCUAUGAGAAUGGAUUGUAUUUUCAUUUUAACAUGAUUUCAAAUCUGUUUAACUCCCAUCCAUGAACCUUAGCUAGAAGGACAGGUCUCAGUAUGUCGAAAUUCGUGCCGAUAAACGAGAAUGAUUUCAGUUUGUUCGGGGCCGAACUUUCCGGCCACGAGUUUGAGUAUUUUUGUAAGCAUAUGGGUGCUUUUAGACGUAUGUUCGAAGAGGAGUCAAAACAACGAAGAAAGGGAUUUGUGGCUGCAUUCAGUGCACAUUCCUAUCAACACCUCGACAUCAAAGCGGUUGUGUCCAUGAGCGAUCCAAAGAGAAAGUUCAUUGAGCAAUUUUGCAACCAUGUGAAUGAUGCUUACAUUAAUGCGAAAUUCAACACAGCCAAACAAUUCAUGCAUGAUGCCUACAAUGUGGCAAGGAACAGACAUAUGAUUCAAUUUAUGGACUCGCGUUCUUAUGCCAAAGAUCCUUUUUUUCGCAAGGACACCAGGGAUUCUUUCAGACGACUUUUUGGUGAACCUAACGAAGCAGGAACUUGUGUGAAGGUUGUCUGUAUUUUGCCGCUCUUUGUAAGGUUUGCCGGCUCAGUAUGUCGUUAUCUCAAGAGAUGGCUGGAUGUGGAGAAGACUUUGACGUCAGUGGCAACCGUGAGCGACACGAAAAGCAAAGCUGAAAAGAAGGCCAUGAAAAGUAAAUUGCGAAAGGGAAAAGCGCAGAGGGAACCAUCGAUAAGAUCGCCUGCGGAAACAGAAAUAAGAACCGAGAAAAAGAAGUCAGAAGAGCACUCUUCUUCUCGAAGUGAAUCCACUUGCAACACAAAGGCGAAUGGUCCAGAUGGUGACUCUAAGGCAAACAUCGACGCCACAAUCGAUGCUUUUAAUCGUUUUGCCGACUUUUAUUGCUAUAUGAAGAAACACGACCCGAAACGUCUCGAACCCCGUGAUUGUAAACCCAAUUGUCCUGGACAAUAUUGUGAAAAACAUCAUUGUCUCUUGUCUAUUACCGACGAUCUCCAUGACAACCAUUAUAUCGACCACGUUGACUUUGAGGAGUGUCAAUUUCCGACUCUGGAGGAUGGAAACGACUGUCUGUACGAUGAACACAAAGCAAUGGUUCAAGAAGAAAGGAUAUUGGAGGAAGACAUGGACAAGUUAACAAUGAAGUGCGAUAGCAUGAACUUGAAGUCUGCCCGCAACGAACUUGACGCGAUAAACGUAAUUCGCGUAAAUAAUACUGACAAAGAGAAUGACGAAGGCCAUAACUCUGACGAUAAGAUGCUCAAUGGUCAAAAUUUCAUAGUCAAAACUGCAGAAGAAAAUGCUUGCGAUUGGGAAGAUUCGGGAGUUGGACAUGUCGUGAAAGACGAUGGUAAUGAUUUCGAGUUUUGUUCGGACGUCAUGUUAGAGGAUCCGAAUGUCCAGCAAGGUGCUGAUGAAUUACCUGAUGGUGACAUUUCUCGUCCAGAGUGUAAUGAAGAUGUUGAUGAUGACAAGGCAGAUGUUCUUUCAGGUAGUGUGUCGUCUGGUGGAUUUGAUAAUCUUGAGGAUUAUGAAAUCCGAGGUGAAACCCCUGUGGUUGCAGUUAGUGGGGAGGAAAAUUUUGAGGAUUUUAAAUUCGGUAACAAGCCCCUCUUGAUUAAAGCUAGCGAAGAAGAAAAUGGCGACGAUUUCGACUUUGAGAGCAAAACCGCCGUUAUUGUCGGUGAUGUGGGAGAAAAUUUCGAGAAUUUUGAAUUCAGUCAACAACACAGCGAGAUUGUGGGUAGUGAAUGUGAAAAUCUCGAGAAUUUUGAUUUCGGAAGAAAAACUCCUAGUGAAGGAGAAAUUCCCCAGGAUUCUCAAUUUCACGAUGCGCCUCCCCGAGUGGAAAGCCUCAAAAUGGAAACAUACGAGGAUUCUGUGAUUAAUGAUAAUAAAUCUCAAAUUGAGAAGGAAAGUAUGGAAGGAGAAUAUCACCUUAGUAACGAAUCGGGAAAUGAACCCGUGGAGGUUGAAUACAUCAUGGAUAGAAAGGAUCAUAUGAGAGCGCGACAUGGAUACGGCAUGAAGGACAAGUACAUCGAAAAUGAAUUGUUCACCAGUGAUGACUCUGAUGAUGUCGAUCACGUUGACGAUGAACGGUUCUUGAGAGAAAGUUUACCCGAAAUGCAUCUGUGCGAACCGCAUCCGAACGAGCAGUAUGAACGGUUGACGACAACAUCGAGGGUGAUUAGAAAAAAGAGGAAUGGGGACAAGAUUCGCAAGUGUUCAUUUUGCAGGAGACCGGAGAACGAAGGCGAAAAAUUCAAGAAAUGUCAAAAAUGCAAAGGAAAAGGCACCAAAUUUUACUGCAGUCGAGAAUGCCAAAAGAAAGAUUGGCGAGUACAUCGUGUGAAGCACGCAAUAACAUAGUCCUUGAUAUAACGACAAGCUGUGUUUUUAUUCUCAAUAUUUAUUAAAAUGUACAUAUUGAAGGUAUUUAUGUAAACUUUGGCAUCACCUCCACACGUAUGUACGUACACAGGCUAUCAAAAAAAUCCUAUUCGGUUUUUAUAUGGUCGUAUCGGAUUAGAUAGUGAUGAUGAUCAUAUAAUCCUAAGCUUGAUUAAUCUAAUAGGUGGAUUGCAUGUUACGUCAUGGCCGCCAUGUUGGCGGUCAAAUACAAAAGAAUAUUUUAUUAAUGCUAUUGUCGGCUCCAGCAGUCGUGGGCGAGCUACGUUGUUCGAUAAUUCCCUGGAGUUUGGCUGAAAUCCAAGAUUAGACAUCACGUCCAACCGAUGCAAAGCUAUGACUGAAGCAAGAGGAGUUAUUGAAUGUAAUGUUAUUUUUUUGUCGUGUGACUUUCGUCGAAUGUUUUGGUACUUUGUUCCAAUGCUGCUCCAGGUGUGAAAGCAUUUUUGCUGGAGAGCAGUUCUUUUUUGACUGCCUGUAUACGAACGCUAAAAAAGCUGUGCAUGUGUCCGUACCUGGAAAAUAAGCUGUAUUUAGCAUUGAAUUAUCUAUAAAUAUUCUGUAAGUAGUAAUAACGUGUUUCAUUAGCUUUCAAAAUGUUAGCCAACUCUACUAAUUAGUUCAAUUAGGUCAAUUGUUGUAAAAUGAAAUUUUUACGUACGCGACUUUAA